AUGCGACCCGGAAGCAUCCUCCAAAACUACACAGGUCCCAUCCCGGACUACGGUGGGACCUCCCCUAAUACAACCAGCAACACCAGAGUCCCAGUCGGUCGCCGUCGCUCCUCCAGCACCAUAAAAGCCAUGCCCCGCCGCGGCCAAACACUCGCCGACGAUCUCGCAGAUUUUUCCAGUAUUGAUAGUUCUCCCGCUUCGUCACUUUCAGCUUCAGCUUCCGAAGGUGAAGGAGGAAACGUCGAAAGGAGAAAUGUCCCCGAGACACCCCUCCAACUGAAAGCUCGUCAGCAAACCGAGCGAAUUCUCGCAAAACACAAUGACUAUCUCAGAGAGCACAACGUGCGCACGGAUAUUCCAUUCCAAGCCCCAGCCCCAGAAAAGACUCCCGCACCUGCACCAGCCCCGCUCUCCAAAGCCCAAAAACGACUUUCCCAACCCGGGAAUGCGAAAGCCGCACAGCCAUCUCCGGCAGUACCUCUGUCCAAAGCUCAGAAACGGGUUUCGCAGCCCGAGAACACGGGAAGCAAGGCAAAGUCCUCUUUGGAAGACUUUACAUCCAACGCUCAGAAACGAGUUUUCCAAACCGAGGACGCCGGAAGUAAGACAAAGGCAUCUCCAGCAGUCCCUCUACCCAAAGCUCAGAAACGAGCUUCGAAGCCCGAAAAUACCGGAAGCAAGGCAAAGUCAUAUCAGCGACCUCCGCGAUCUGUUGCUAUGGGCGGUCGAUACAUGCCCGUGGAUGAACCAGGACUAGCACCGCGUCGCGUGCCUGCUCCUGUUCAGACGGUAAAGCCGCCUCCGCUCUCCGAUGGGAUUGUCGCGACCAUCUCGCGAGAAUAUGGGUGGGGUUGGUUGUGGUGGCUUAUCGUUCCACUUGUCGUUGUUCUUGUUGGGUUUUAUGCAGGUCGGUGGGCUCAGGAAAAUGAGCUUGCUAUGGAGACGAUGAAAAUGAAUGCUGAGGAAGCGAUGAAGAGCAAGUUUAAGGUCAAGGCCGAGAGAGCGAAUGGGGAUGCGGUGGUUGAGAUUGCCUCUGCUAUCAGUGAUAUUGCGAAGAUAUCAUUGGAUGAGAAUGGAACUCUUGAGAAUUUAACCGAUAGUCCCUUUAAUCAAGCUGCCCUACCUAUCGAAGCACUCCGAAGAGAAGUUGUGGAAAGCGAAGGAAAAAAGUCUCAACCGCUCCUCUGGACAAUCGAUAAGUUUGUCGAAAAGAAUCGAGAAGUAGAUCACGCGUGGCGUUCCUUCAUUGAACAGCAAAUUGAAGCUACUGCAGAACUUACAGGUAUAUUCGAUGGGUAUGCUAUGAAUGCUGGUUUCGAAGAAUAUCAUCCGAAUUGGAUAAGAGCUGCUCAUAACAUCACACAUCACGACUUCACCGACAUUCCACAAAAAACAUAUCGCGAAGGCGAACAAAUUCUCUGUCAAAUACUUGGGAAGAAAGAAGGGCCCAAUUGUCCUUCCAUCGGGAAAAUGCUUAUAGACGUUUACAAUGAUCUCAAGCAAGGUCUUGAAAAGCCUGGUAUCAAGAUUCCACCAAAUACAUUCAAGACAUAUUCAGCAGCGACGGCUAACAUAGCAAAAGCCAUCAAGUCAGUACUUAAGAGAUGGGAGAAUGCAGCGGACAGAAUUGAGGCAGCGAGAGUAUUAUAUAAGGAUGAACAUGCUAUAGGAAAUGUAGAGAAAGUGGAUGAAUCGUUGGCAAAGACCUCAAAAGCUCUAACCAGUGCAAUGUGGAGCUCAUUGGUAGAGCGAAUAGGAAGUCCAGAAUAUCCAACAGCUAUCAGAAGACUGGCAGAGGCGAAAGUUUGGAUCAAGAAGUUACAAUGA